UUCAGAGAGCGGUGGAAAGUGGCCAAGAGGCGUGAGAGCGACGCCGCCACUGACUAAUGGGAAGAGCCGUUGGUGUGAGGUGGGAGCAAGAGUGACAGCGAUUGGUUGGAUGAGCCUACGCUCCUGAGGCGGGGGCAGCGGUGGGGUCUGGUGGAGUAAGGCGCAGCAAGAUGGCGACCGAGACGGUGGAGCUUCACAAGCUAAAGAGCACUUCUUAAACUUUUGGAGGUCACAGAUAUCUUUGAAACUCUGAUGAAAGCUUGCUGAACUAAAGCAAGAAUGUCUUGCUCGUGGUUUAGAGACCAAGGGAAUAAAACAAGAUCUUAUCAAUAGGCUGCAGGCAUAUCUUGAAGAACAUGCUGAAGAAGAAGCAAAUGAAGAAGAUGUACUGGGAGAUGAAACUGAGGAAGAAGAACCAAAGCCCAUAGAACUACCUGUUAAAGAGGAAGAACCUCCUGAAAAGGCUGUUGAUAUGGCAUCAGAAAAGAAGGUGGUAAAAAUUACAUCUGGAAUACCUCAGACUGAGAGAAUGCAGAAGAGGGCUGAACGAUUCAAUGUGCCUGUAAGCUUGGAGAGUAAGAAGGCUGCUCGGGCAGCUAGGUUUGGAAUUUCUUCAGUUCCAACAAAAGGUUUAUCAUCUGACACCAAACCUAUGGUUAACCUGGACAAACUAAAGGAAAGAGCACAGAGGUUUGGUUUGAAUGUCUCUUCCAUCUCUAGAAAGUCUGAGGAUGAUGAGAAGCUGAAAAAACGGAAGGAGAGAUUUGGGAUUGUGACAAGUUCAGCUGGAACUGGAACCACAGAGGAUACAGAGGCAAAGAAAAGAAAAAGAGCAGAGCGUUUUGGGAUUGCAUAAUGAAAAGUUCAUGCUUUCUGCCUCAUAGUGGUUUCCAUUUCUCAAAUUUUUCUUGGUUUUAUAUAUACAGAUACACACACGCACACACACACAAAACCCUACCUAUCUUCCUACAUACACAGUCAUGUACCUCACAGUGAGGAAGCAUGUACGUUUGGUACAUCCUUGAAUUCAAUAGCAGUUUUAUUUAACUGCUCUUCUGCAUUUAAGAUUGUUGUGGUUUUUGUUUUUAAUUAUUUUUGCUUAUUAAUAAAAAAGGAGGAAAAGAAAA